UGAAUGAAAAGCUAGUGUAUUGAAAAUAGAGUGGAAAAUAAUGAAAUAUAUAAAAAAAGUAGAAGUGGAAUGAGAAUGAGAUGGAAAUUGUAAGGUUAUAAUAAACAAUACAAUGACAGAAUCAGUAAAUAAAACAAAAGAAUCAGAUGAUUAUGAUAUUUUGGAAAAAAGACAACGUAUUAUUGAUAAAGCUCCAUUUGACCAUUUAAAGAUUGACGAUCCUAGUGUAUUGGAUAGUAUUCAAGGCAGAGAAAUAUGUGGAAAAUGUUAUAAAUCACGUAAAUUUUUUUGCUACACUUGCUACAAUCCUGUUAUCGACUCUAAAUAUUUUCCACGUGUCAAGUUACCAAUUAAAAUAGACAUUAUAAAACACCCAAAAGAAAUAGAAGGAAAAAGUACGGCCAUUCAUGCUGCUGUUUUAGCCCCAGAAGACGUAACUAUUUAUAUUUAUCCAGAUUUUCCAAGUUUUGAACCUAAUGACAAAGUAGUACUUAUAUUUCCGGGUAAAAAUGCUGUCAGUAUUGAUACCUUGUUAUCUAAUAGAUUAUAUGACAAAAAUAAUGAGGUUGAUAAAACGUCGUCAGUGGAUAUGAAUCAUAGUUACUAUCCAAUAACUCGAGCAAUAUUCAUCGAUAGUACAUGGCAACAAACUAAAUCUAUUUACAAGGAUUCGCGAUUACGAGCACUUCCUUGUUUAAUUUUCAAUUCAAGAAUAUCACAAUUUUGGAGGCACCAAAGAAAAAGUCCUCGGUGGUAUUUGGCGACAAUUGAGGCAAUUCAUACAUUUUUAGUUGAGUUACAUGAAAAAACAUACGGUACUGUAGAAAAUUAUAGCAAUUGUAAUCAAGAGAACAUAGGUAGUGAUAAAUAUUGUGGACAAUAUGAUAAUUUAUUGUACCUUUUUAAGUAUAUGUACAAUAAAAUACACACUAUUUAUGAUCAUGACCAAUUAAGAGCUUAUAAGAGACCGCUUAUAUAAAUAAAUUUUAAACAAACCCAUCA